AUGACCGACAUUGAUCUCGAGCAGCUCCUUCGCGUGCCCAGCUUGACCUUCAAGGCUGCCGGCCCUGUGCUUGGCACAGGGAUUAUCGCCGAGUCCGCCCUCCGUCUUCUCCAGCUCGAGUCUGGCCAGCGUCACCAGGGCGCCAGUCAGCUCUUGGUCGUAAAGCGCAUCACCUACUUCGCGCGUGGAGCUCUCGGCAUCAGCACGCACUACCCCGACAUAGGUCCCAAGACCGUUGCCUAUCAGAGCAUGGUUACACGAAUCGUCACUCUCGACAAGAUUGCCGAGCGCGAGCAUGUCGCCAAGGGCCUCACCAUGCGCCAAGCCGUCAUGCGCAUCGUCGACAACUACCGCAUCGCCCGCAAGCACUACGUUCUCCACGCCGACGUCGUCGACCCCCCUGUUCCUGUCGCUCGCGAGAAUGAGACAGAGGCUGCGCUCGCUACCCGCCAGCGAUUCGAUUUCACGCUGCGAGAGAUGUGGGGCGUCCUCGACCAGCUUCAAGGCCUAAUGACUGUGAGCGGCAGAGCGACUGUGGCUGCGAAGCAAGCUCUGGCUCAGGAGAAGAAGGAGCAUCUUACCUCUCGCGACAAGGUUAAGGCGGCUCAGAAGCAGGCAGCUAUCUUGCAGAGUGAGAAUGAGGAGUUGAAGAAGGAGAAUGAGGACUUAAAGAGUUACAUCCUAGUCAUGAAGAAGGAUGCCAUGUAUGCCAUGUCGGCUAUCGAGGACUCCAAUUAG